CUGUGUGGGUGGCUGCCUGCGCGCCGCGACCCCCGCCGGGUUGGGGCAGCUCGGGGCUGCGCGAGACUGCGUCGCCGCCGCUCGGGUCCGCGCCCUUUGUGAAAGAUACGUGACGAGAUUCGAGUUGGCCAUCACUACCUCGCUGCCUCAAAGCUCCCCACCAUAUACACCUUUACAGACCGUUUAGGUGCUACAUUGUGCUGUAAAGCGAUCAAUACAGUAACUUAAGUGACUUCAACUGUAAUGGAAAAGUAUGAGAAAUUAGCCAAGAUCGGAGAGGGGUCCUACGGGGUUGUAUUCAAAUGCAGAAACAAAACCUCCGGACAAGUGGUGGCUAUUAAAAAGUUUGUGGAAUCUGAAGAUGAUCCUGUCGUUAAGAAAAUCGCACUAAGAGAAAUAUGCAUGUUGAAGCAAUUAAAACACCCAAACCUCGUGAACCUCAUUGAGGUGUUCAGGAGAAAAAGGAAAAUGCAUUUAGUUUUCGAAUACUGUGAUCACACACUUUUAAAUGAGCUGGAAAGAAACCCCAAAGGCCCCAGCUUCACACCGUCUCAGCCCCGGCCUGACACGGUGCUGUCCUGUGCGGAGGCCAGCCAGUCUUCUUGUAUUCACAGAGAUGUAAAACCUGAAAAUAUCCUAAUAACUAAGCAAGGAAUAAUCAAGAUCUGUGACUUCGGGUUUGCACGAAUUCUCAUUCCAGGAGAUGCCUACACCGAUUACGUCGCUACAAGAUGGUACCGAGCUCCUGAACUUCUGGUGGGGGACACGCAGUAUGGUUCCUCAGUAGACAUAUGGGCCACCGGUUGCGUUUUUGCAGAGCUUCUGACGGGCCAGCCACUGUGGCCUGGAAAAUCCGAUGUGGACCAGCUGUAUCUGAUCAUCAGAACACUGGGAAAACUGAUCCCAAGACAUCAAUCUAUCUUCAAAAGUAACCAGUUUUUCCAUGGCAUCAGUAUUCCUGAACCAGAAGACAUGGAAACUCUUGAAGAAAAGUUUUCAGAAGCUCAACCCAUGUCUUUGAAUUUCAUGAAGGAGUGUCUGAAGAUGAAUCCUGAUGACAGAUUAACCUGUGCCCAACUCCUGGAGAGCCCCUACUUUGAUUCUUUUCGAGAGGACCAAAUUAAAAGAAAAGCACGCAAUGAAGGAAGAAACAGAAGACGUCAGCAGGUAGCUCUGUUCCAAAGUUAAGGUGCUAUAAAAAAUUAUUCUUUUUUUUUCCUUUUCUACCUUUCGAAGGGAGGCGAGGUGGACACCAAGACCUUUGUUUGCACUGGUUUAGUUGUAUUUGUUUAUCUUAAUAAAUUUCGGUGAUUAACACAAUAAAACUAUAAAACUACAAAAACA